CUCAAGCCAAUGGCUCUGUUGCCGGACGCCCCGUUCGCACCGAUCGCCGACGAGCUCCUGGCCGAGGAGGCGGCGGCCGAACCGCCGGAGCCGAGCUGCCCGCCCGCCGCGGAGCUGCUGCAGCCCACGGCAGGCGCUCCGGCAGUCGCGGGCGGGGCUGGCGGCGGGGGCGUGAACCACAAGGGACAGCUCAGCGAGCUCGCGGCGCGUCUGCUGGGGCGCCCGCCCACGAGCGACGAGAUCGAGUACGUCACCGCUCCCGCGGCGCCCUUCGUGUGCACGGUCACGCUGCGGUUCUUCCCCGAGGCCCCGCCCUUCACCGGAGAGGCGUGCCCCGAGAAGUGCCUCGCGGAGCAGAGCGCGGCGCAGGCGGCCGUGUUGGCGGGGCCGUGGCUGGCCCCAGCUCGGCUGUCGGCUCCCCCCGCGCCGCCUCGCGCAGAGGCGGCCGCUACCGCCGCAGAAGAAGGUGGCGCGCCUGGCCCUCCCGCCGCGCCGCGCCCAAAGGACUACAAGGGGCUGCUGGCCACGAACAUGCAGCUGCGCCUGGGCCGGCCAGUCACGAAGCACGACGUCGCGUACGUCUCCAACUUCCUGCCGCCCUUCCAGUGCACCUUGACGCUCCCGGGGCUGGGCCUUGCUGGGCUCGAGCAGCCGCCGCCGUGCACGGGGUCCCCACACCCGAAGAAGGUGGCCGCGGAGCAGUCCGCAGCGCAGCGCAUGCUCGAGCUCAUGCUCCAGCCCCCGGCCAGCAGCGACGGCGGCGCCGCCGCCACAGCCAAGCGGGGGCCCCAGGAGGAGCAGCUGGAGCAGCCGCCGCCGUUGACGGGCGCGUCUCCACCCGUGUCGCCGGGACCCCUCAGCGCCUGCCAGCUUGUGCAGCCGCCGCCCCCUCAGCGCCCUCAGUCGCCUCCUCCGCACUGUGCCACCUCGGUGGCCAAUGCGGGCCCACGCGAAGGUGCUGGCGAGCUCGUCGAUGGCCGCAGCGCCAGAGUGGAGCCCGCAGCGCCCCUCCAGAAGGACUACAAGGGGCUGCUGAACACGAACCUGCAGUUCCGCCUGGGCCGGCCAGUCACGAAGCACGACGUCGCGUACGUCUCCAGCGUCCCCCCGCCCUUCCAGUGCACCGUGACGCUGCCCGGGCUGGGCCUCGCCGGCCUGGAGCAGCCGCCGCCGUGCACGGGGUCCCCGCGCCCGAAGAAGGUGGCCGCGGAGCAGUCCGCGGCGCAGCGCAUGCUCGAGCUCCUGCUCCAGCCCCGCGCCGGCAGCGACGGCGUCGCCGCCACGGCCGCCUCCCAGCGCGAGGACCCUCCGGGGGCGGCUCGCUUCUGGGCGCAGCUCGGCCCCAAGCAGCGGCCUCCUCCGCCGGUGCGCGGGCCGCCGCCCGCGGCGGUUGCCUCGCCCGCGGGCGGACCUGCGCCUUCCAGCGCCUCUCUUUCGCAGGAGGCGGCGCUGGAGCUGAGCUGCCCGCUCGCCGCGGAGCAGGCGCAGCCCACGGCGGGCGCCCCAGCAGCCGUGGGCAGGGCGGACUGCAAGAGCCAGCUCAACGUCUUCGCGUCGCGUACGCUGCGGCGGCCCUUGGCGAGCGGCGACGUUGACCCAUCAUACGUCACGGCUCCCGCGGCGCCCUUCGUUUGCACGGUCACGCUCACGUUUCUCCUCGAUGCCCCGUCCUUCACAGGGGAGGCCUGCUCCAAGAAGAGCCUCGCGGAGCAGAGCGCGGCACAGGCGGCCAUGCAGGGGUUGGCGGGGUCAGGGCGGGCGGCAGCGCAGCUCGCGACCACCCCCGCGCCGCCUCUCGCAGCCGCGGGCGCUGCCGCGGCAGAAGAAGGUGGCGCGGCUCGUCCCCCCGCAACGCCUCGCCCCAUGGACUACAAGGGCCUGCUGGCCACCAAUGUGCAGCUGCGCCUGGGCCGGUCGGUCAGAAAAGACGACAUCGCAUACGCGUCCAGCUUCAACGGCUCAUUCCAGUGCACCGUCACGCUGCCUGGGCUGGGCCUGGCAGGCCUCGAGCAGCCGCCGCCCUGCACGGGGGCCCCGUGCCAGAAGAAGGCGGCGGCGGCGCAGUCCGCAGCGCAGCGCAUGCUUGAGCUUCUGCUCAAACCGCCGGCCGGCAGUGACUGCGCGCUGGCCGCUGCCGCCGAGCGGGAGCCCCCCUUGGACCCGAGGCUGCACGCGGCAGGCCUCGUGCAGCCGCUGGCCGACAGCGACGGUGCGGCCGCCGCCGCCGAGCGCGAGAAGCCCGCAGGCCCGGAGCCGCCAGCCUCACCUGACGCAGCCGGGUCCACCGAGUACGCGUCCUGACAGCAUGAGCACCCGCCGCUGGCAUCGGGCGCGCUCUCUGCCUGCCGCGGCGCCCGCCUCGCCCGCAGGGGACCCCUCGCCGGGGCCCUCUAGCGCGCCUGCCCAGCUGUGCCGCCGUGGCCGCGCGGCGCUGUCGCCGAGGCCGGGCUCGCCCUAGCGGCGCCAGAGGAAGGCAGCAGGCUGGUGCCCUCCGGCGGGGGCUGCAGCGAGCCUGCAUGGUGGCGGCCACGGCGCCGGUGUGCGGGGGGCCUCCGCGGCGGAGGCCCGGUGCCGCCGGCGCGGCCUGGCCGGAGGAGGCGGCCCGCAGCGGCGGCGGCAGGGCGAGUGAGGCGCGCGGUUCUUCGAGGGCAACUCGCCGAGCCGUGCGCCGCGGGCCUCGGUGGGCCGCCUCGCGGCGGGCGGGAGGCGAAGCUCAGCGGCGCAGCGAUGGGCUCCCGAGGGGCGCGGUGGGGCUGAGCACCCGUCCUCCCUCCUCGACGCCCCCCCGCCCGCGCCCUC